GUAUUGUACCUACCUACAUGGUACCCUACCUAGUAGGUUAGUAUGUACCCCAGAUGUUGCACGCACGACGGACCUUAUGCGAUACGAGCCCACAGAUGGGAGGGGUCCCUCUUUCAGCAUUGGUGUCUGGUCACUCAGGUGUCUUAGACGUCUUGGACUAAAAAAAACAUUGAACGAAGCACUUGAGACUUUCAAACUUGUAAAUACGAGAAACGUUACAACCCAUUUUCUAUUCCGUGCACACUAUCCUAAAUCGUACAUAUCCCCUUGCUACAGCCUGAUUUCAUUCUUGUCACAACUAACCAGCACUGCCACUCCUUUCUUCAACCCCCAAAAAGAAGCUGAACAAGCAAAAUCCAAUUUGGAGGCUUCUGUUGUGCUUCCCUUGUACUACCAUCUGUACAGACCUACUUACAGGCAGACUGACAGGCAAUUCUCGUGUAAGGGGAACAACUUGUUACAGUCGUUGGUACAAUUCAUUCGGCCCAUAACACCACAUACCACAUACCACAUACCACAUACAUACCACAUAAUCUACAUACCCAAUCUACCUACAGCACUCGCCUAUCUGUUGUCAUUUAUGACAGUGUUGUGCCUCUGCUUCUGUGGGCCACUUCGACAAGUUCAACGCCUUGGUCAACUAGUCGCAUAGCGGGAUAGGACCAUAGUAACAUCGUAUAACAGGGAAUUGUUUAGUUUGAAAACAGGUUCAUACCCACUUGAACUUAUUCAUCGUGGUUUU